CUUGGAAGUCUCUCGUUGAUCAAUGAGAAAAGAAGGAAAAGGCAUUCACAAAACGGCUUCGUUAAAUUAAGUAGCAAUCCGACGCCGUUUACGUCACCGUUAGUCUGAGUAGGUUUCUAGAACUUUCUAUAAAUCACUACGCAAGCUUCUUGCGAGUGUCACUCUCCUCUCCUCUCCUUCUCAGUUUCGUGUUUGUGCAGAGAUUAAGUCAGUUGCAGAAGAUGUCUCACGAGUGUCAUCCCGACUGCCAGCGAUCAAUGGCUUCCAAAGAAGAGCAUGAUUCAGCUGAGAGAGCUGCCACGGUAGCAGCCAACCUGAUCAGCGCUACGAGGCACGCACUCAAGCUUGACCCUGAGAUGACCGAGUACUCGGCUCAGUUCCUGGUGGACAACGCUCUCCUCGAGGAGAAACCGGGGCAGAGUCCACACAGCUUCACGUUGACCGUCGAGGACUGUCUCGAGUAUCUGGUGAACAUGGCUUCUCCCAAGACCGAGGCCGAGCUUGAAGAGAUGGAGAAGCAACAGAAGCGACGCGCCAAGAUCACUGUCAAGGACUGCCUCGAGUGCGCUUUCAAGGAAGGGAUACCGAAGAGAGAGAGCUGGGCGCAUUUGGGAUGUGUCUCCCCUGUUCCUGCGUUUGCUUCUUUCAUGCCUCGUGUGCCCAUGAAAGGGAAAGUGAUUGAGGUUAAGAAGCUCGAGGACGCGAUUAAGUUGAUGAAGCGUCAUCCGAUAGCAGCGAAGCUUCUUGUGUUCAGUCCUGAGAUUGAUCAUGUUGGAAAUGUACAGUACCUGGGAGUUUACGUUGGUCCAUCAGGUGCUGUUGGUGAAUCACGUUACGUGGGACUAAGAGACGUGAUCCUUUGUGGAGAGGAGAAGUUCGAGGGAGAUGAUGUUAUGAAUGUGCAGAUUUGCUACAAGAAGAGGACUUCGAUCUUCAAAGUGUCUUUGACUCGCAUGGUUACCACACUAGCGGAUGAAGGAGACGAGUCUCAGACCAUUGAGCCGUCGGGUCUUCUCGUUGACUUCGUCGUCCCUCGCAUAUUCAAGUAAACACAAGGUCUUAAGAUGAUCUUGUGGUAAGUAUUGAUCUAGAGAAAACAAUAUGGUAUGUAAUAAGUGAAGUAAUCAUGAAAACCUUAUGCUAGUAGUUCUUGUGUGACUUGUUUGAUGUUUAAAGGCUUAAAGCCUUGUUCUAGGAGACUCUUAUGCUAUCAGUAAAGAAGUUUGUGAUUUUAUAUCAGUUUGUUACACAUGAUUCCAUUCAA